GACUGCAGCUUGUCCAUGUGACCUGGCUUCCGUUGCUGCUGCAGCUUCCGCCAAGAGUCAAAAGGGGCAUCUGCGUUUCAGUCAGAGCGGAGGAGCGCAGCUGAACCUCACACUCAUGAGAAAACCCGCUCUGCAGCUGCGAGUCAACCAGCGAUAUGGUCAGGGGAUCAACCAUCAGUGGCUUUGGAAAUCCACACCUAACCACCAGUAGUGACAUGAUAAAAUGCCGGUCCGCAGCUUCACUCCAGUCCUGCUCUGCUCGUUUCUCCUGUGGAGGAUCCUGACCGCCGUUUCAAGUCAUCCUCAUCAGAGCUCAUGUCAGCUGAUACACAGAACAGCUCUCUACAAUGGUUGCGAGCUUUCAUCUGUGCCAGCGGACUUACCUGACGAUAUCGAGGAGCUGCAGCUCAACUACAAUAAUAUCACAACACUACGGAACAGCUCUCUUCUACGUUACCCCGCACUAAACACUCUGAGCUUAACUUGCAAUAAUUUGGAAAACUUAGAAUCAAACACUUUUCAAGACUCAAAAUUGUUAGUGAUCUUAAAUCUUGCUAAUAACAACCUUUACGUUGGUUACCAAGAAACCAGCCGUGCAUUAAAAAAGCUCCCUGUUCUGAGAAAUUUAGAUCUGUCACAGAAUAAUCUUAACGAAAUGAUGGCUUCCACUCUGCUUCAAAAUCUGUCCUCCCUCGAGUACCUAAAUCUUUCGGGAAACCUCCUGCAGAGGUUGGACGAGACCUCGUUCAGGGACCUGCACCAACUUAAAGAGCUCGAUCUGCAAGGAAACAUAAUAUUUGAAAUUGACAGCGCUUUCGACAGCAAUCCAAAGCUCCAGCGGCUCAACUUGGCCUUCAACCUCCUGCCUUGUCUGACUGACUUCCACAUGACCCAGCUGGUGGUCCUCAACGUCAGCCACAACUUCAUCGAGUGGUUCAUCUCGAGGCAAGACCUCAACGAAACCUUCCAGCUGGAGACCCUCGACCUGUCGAAAAACAAGUUAAUCUUUUUCCCUUUCCUGCCCAGCUACAGUAAUUUACGAUACCUCUACCUUUCCCACAAUGCUGUGAGGUUCUACGAACACCUGUCGGACAAUGUCACGGCCCCGAACUCGAGUAAAACGGUUGAGUUCUAUAACCUGAGGGAGUACAUGGUUAACGUGACGGCUCAGUUGUGGGAUGAAGAUCUUCAUGGGGAUAUUUCCAAUCUAGAGAUCUUAGAUCUCAGAGUAAACCAGGUGAGCUAUUUCCCUCAGGGAUUCAUACAGAAAAUGCCAGGCCUGUUGCGACUUCAAAUAGGCACAAACUGUCUGGAAAUCUUGAAUCUAACGUCACAAGGCUUCUCCAGUAGCCUGCAUGAGCUGGACGUCAGCAACAACAGACUGAAUCAGAUUUUUGCAGAUGAUGAUACACUCACCUCUCUUGAAAAUUUGACUUUCUUUAACCUGAGCUGGAAUGAUCUCAAGCAUCUACCCUUUGGACUGUUUUCCUCAUUGCCAAGCAUCUGGUCGGUGGAUGUCAGCUACAACAACGUUGUCUUUUGUCAUUCCGAGGACGCUGAAAUCACUACACAGUCGGACACAGCCUGCGUAGACUGGAGGAACAUUAUGUCCUUGAGACAGCUCUACCUGAAGGGCUGCAACCUUAAGAGGAUUCCUACGGUUAUGUUCGCGGGAUUGGCAUUAACGCACUUGGAGCUGUCUGACAACCCUGGACUCAUCGUCCAAGAUUCGUUACGAAGCUUGAGCAGGACAUUGCAGCACCUCGAUUUAGGAAACACUCAAACACAAAACGUUGACUUCUCCCAUUUCCAUAGUCUGAGGUCUUUAAACCUUUCAAGGAACUCUCUCCCCCAAAUUCCUUCCUCGCUUCGAGAUAUCAACCUUAGAUCACUGGACAUCAGAGACAACAACCUUUCCACCAUCCCUGCUGCUCUGGCCGAUGCGCUGGCCUCCAAACUUCAAACUAUUUUCCUGACAGGAAAUCCCUUCAACUGCUGCCAAACGGACUGGUACCAGAUGUUCAGGAGAACAAUGACGGUCGACCUAGUUGGACAUUCAGAUAUCAAAUGUGUAGAUCACUUCCAGCAAACCCACAGGGUGAAGGAUUAUCGACUUCCAUGUCAGGAAGCAGGGGAAUCUCUUCUGUGGUACUUUCUGCUUUUUGUGCCUGUCUGUAUUUCUUUCCUGGGAAUUUUGUUUAUUGUUUUCCUCACUUUCAAACCCAGAAUAAUAGAACAAUCUAUCAAAAAGAACUAUUUGAAGCCUACGUCUUACUGAUACUUUAUGAGCCUUAAGCAUGUACUUUGAUGUCAUGCUGAGAAAUAAAAA